GGUUCAGACUCAAAGGACCAUUCACACCUAUACUUUGAACCAAAUGCCCAAUCGAAUCCAGCUGCAAAGUAUUCGUACUGCGGGCGAACUGUUUGCGAAUGCUGCUAUCCAGGAUGUUGAUACGGCCAUCUAUCCACCUAAGCGAUCGCUUCUGAGUCGUGUACAUCUCUAUCAAGGUGACAUUACUGAAAUCGAGGUGGAUGCAAUCGUCAACGCUGCGAAUUCGACAUUGCAGGGCGGCGGCGGAGUGGAUGGGGCAAUUCAUAUGGCUGCUGGCCCGGCACUCGCCAAAGCGUGCAGAGAAUUAUAUCCUGGGCGGCACCCUUGUCCGACUGGAGACGCUAAAAUAACUCCAGGCUUUCAGCUCCCUUCGAAACACGUUAUCCAUGCGGUAGGACCAAGAUGGAGUGUUUCUUCAGACACGCAGACAAUCGCUAGCCAGCUCGCGUCCUGCUAUAGAAUAAGUCUUCAGUUAGCAGUAGACAAUAACUGCAAGAGCAUCGCUUUCCCCCUGAUUUCAACUGGCAUCUAUGGUUACCCUAUCGACGAAGCAACUCACAUCGCGCUCAAGGAGACACGCAUUUUCUUGGAUGGAAAUGACCAGUUGGACCACGUAGUAUUUGUCAUUUUUACUGGCAGGAACGGCGAUCAGAAGGUAUACGAAAAAUUCAUUCCAUAUUAUUUCCCCUUUGGACCAGGAGAUGUUGCGGAGAGCGUUGAACCUCUGUCGGGCGCGAAAGAUUCUGUAGACGAAUAAUUUUUGCGCUCUAUGAUUUUACUUCUGAUGUGGCACUGUGAUUUUGACCGCGAUUUUCUUGGUUGUUCCGGGGAUCAUUUAUGAUGUACAAAGGAAUGAUUCUCUCAGUAUUCUAUAUAAUCCACCUUCACCUUUUUGCAAAGUCCAUUAAUCUUUGUCCACUCGUUUCUUGGAUAUUCCUCUAGGUCUUUGAGUUCUUGAGUGCCGUUGAGUAUUUAACAUGGCAUGCCAUCAUCAGAUGCAGCAUCAGAAUUACAGACCUGAAUAACUCCCAAUUUGUA